AGACUGCAGUGUGUGUGCCCUUUGAGGAGCGGCGUCAUGGAAACGCAGGCAGGAAACCAGCGCUGCCAAAAUCCACAUUCCUGGGAUACUCAUUAAAAACUACAAUUUUUUAAAUAAAAGAAACGUGCCGCUGGAAAUAAGGGAAGACUGGAGAGAUACACCUACACACCCGGGGAUCAGUCUCUGGGUCUUUAACCUGCUGGAUCCUUUCUGAUCUAUAGAUUUAAAUUCCUUAUUGUCGGUGGAUCUACUAGAUUUUUGUCUGUAUCUCUCUCUCUUUUUUUUUUACGACUUGCUUUGAAUGGCUCGAGGACGCUUUAAAGCGAGCCGCUGACCAGUGAUGACCACAGGCUUUAAUCACUAUUGAUGAUCUGUUUUAAAUAGCAAUACUGGGGAUAAACAAAGGAGAAGGCGAGGUAGAUAUGCAGAAGCAUUUCUUAUUUCUGUCCUGAUUUCUCACACGAUGACCCCGGGAGGAUCUGCGUCUCGGUUAUUUAUAGGAAAUCGUUCGCUUAGAAUAAAGCAAAUGAAUCCGGUUCCGUUGAAGUAAGCGGUGUGGAGAUCAGUCAGAGAUUCGAGAAAGCCUUGAGAAAACGUGUUUAUUUGGAAGGGGGGGAAAAUGGAGAAAAUGGACAGCGAGGUAUUCACGCCUCAGCUCGAGCAAUUUCUCCUCACUCCUCUGGUGGCAUGGGUGAAAACCGUGGUCCAGCCAAGCCCAGGCGACCACAGCAGCCUUUCUCUGUACAUGGAGUUAGUGGAUGGUUGCUACCUCAAUGAGGUCAUGCUGAGGAUAAAUCCUAAAGCUUCCAGCCAGAGAGUGAACAAGAAAGUGAACAACGAUGCAGUGCUGCGUGUACAGAACCUCUCCAUCCUCAUACGCCACAUCAAGACGUACUAUCAGGAGACCCUGCAGCAGCUGGUGAUGAUGCCUCUGCCCAACGUGCUGGUUCUCGGCAGAACUCCACUCACUGAGCAAGGCCUUGCUGAGGUGAAGAAACUGCUCCUGCUGUUGCUCGGGUGUGCUGUUCAGUGCGAGGAAAAGGAAGAAUACAUCGAGAUGAUCCAGACGCUGGAUUUUGACAUGAAGGCGGCCAUCGCCUCUCACAUUCAGGAGGUCACUCACAAUCAGGAGAAUGUUCUGGACCUGCAGUGGCUGGAGGGAGGAGAAUCUCCACCUGAGGACCUGGACUCGCUUUCCAGAAACCUGGCCUUUCAUCUCAGACGCCUGGUGGACGAGAGAGACGAGCAGCUGGAGACGAUCGUGGAGCUGACCCAGGAGAGAGACUGUGGUCAGUGCACCGCUCCUCCUCCUCCUCCGCCCAGUGCCCAGUCUCCCAGCGACUCUCCCAGCAUGCGGCGCACCGAGAGCAGGCAGCACCUCAGCGUGGAGCUAGCAGACGCCAAGGCCAAGAUCAGACGCCUCCGCCAGGAGCUAGAAGAGAAAAGCGAGCAGUUGCUGGACUGCAGACAGGAGCUGGAGAACCUGGAGAAAGAGCUGAAGAGAAUCCAGCAGGAGAACCUGCAGCUGCUGUCUGAAGCGCGCUCGGCGAGGGCGUACCGCGACGAGCUGGACGCUCUGAGGGAGAAGGCCAUCCGAGUGGACAAGCUGGAGAGCGAAGUGAGCCGUUACAAAGAACGACUCCACGACAUUGAGUUUUACAAAGCCAGAGUCGAGGAGCUGAAAGAGGACAAUCAGAUCCUGCUGGAGACCAAGAGCAUGUUGGAGGACCAGCUGGAAGGCUCCAGAGCUCGUUCAGAUAAACUACACGAGCUGGAGAAGGAGAAUCUGCAGUUCAAAGCCAAAAUCCACGACAUGGAGAUGGAGCGAGACAUGGACAGGAAGCGUAUCGAGGAGCUGCUGGAGGAGAACCUGACCCUGGAGAUGGCUCAGAAGCAGAGCAUGGACGAGUCUCUGCACCUGGGAUGGGAGCUGGAGCAGCUUUCCAAAACCACACCCGAGGUCACCGAGGUUCCUCAGAAGUCUCUGGGCCACGAGGUGAAUGAACUGACCUCCAGUCGCCUCCUGAAGCUGGAGAUGGAGAACCAGGCGCUGCUGAAGACGGUGGAGGAGCUGAAGGGGCGCGGCCAGGCAGAGACACGCCUCCUGAAGGCUGAAAAGGAGAACCAGAGACUCAGCCAGAAGCUGGAGCAGCUGGAGAAUGAGGCGCAGUCGGACAGGGAGAGUCUGCGCAGUGCCGAGAACCUGAGCUCGGACCUGAUGAAGGAGAAAGCUCAGCUGCAGAAAACGAUGGAGACUCUGAAGGAGAACCUGGAGAGACAGGUGAAGGGGCUUGAGCAGGAGAACCAGCACUUGAACCAGACUGUCACGUCCCUCAGGCAGCGCUCUCAGGUCAGCGCCGAAGCCAGGGUCAAAGACAUAGAGAAGGAGAAUCGCGUCCUCCACGAGUCUAUCAAAGAGACCAGCGGGAAGCUCAACAAGCUCGAGUUCGAGCGCAAGCAGCUCCGUAAAGACCUGGCGUUCUACCAGGAGAAAGGCGAGAAGGCGGAGGAGCUGGAGACGGAGGUCCAGCGCUUGGAGUGUGAGAACGAGGGCCUGCAGAAACGUGUAGCGAGUCUGGGGAUCACCUGCGAGAAGGUGGACGCCUUGGAAAAGGAGAACGCUGAACUGGAGGCAGAGAGCAGAAGGUUGAAGAAGAAGAUUGAUGGGUUGAGGAACGCAUCCCUGCAGCUGGAAGCGUUGGAGAAGGAGAACACCCAGCUGGAGGAGGAGAACCUGGAACUGAGGCGUACAGCCGAGAGCCUGAGAUCCGCAGGAGCCAAAGCCUCUCGUCUGGAGCAGGAGAACCGAGAGCUGGAAAGCGAGAAGAAUCAGAUGCAAAGAAACCUGGAGCUGCUGAAAGCUUCAUCCAAGAAAACCGAACGCCUGGAGCUCAGCAACCAAGGUCUGGACUCAGAGAACCAGCGGCUCCAGAAGGCCCUGGAGAACAGUGGGCGAAAAAUCCAACAGCUGGAAGGAGAGCUUCGAGACCUGGAGACCGAGAACCAGAGCCUGCAGAGGAGCCUGGAGGAGCUGAAGAUCUCCAGCAAGCGUCUGGAGCAGCUGGAACAAGAGAACAAAGUGCUGGAGCAGGAGAGCUCACAGCUGGAGAAAGACAAGAAGCAGCUGGAGAAGGAGAACAAGCGGCUGAGGCAGCAGGCUGAGAUCAGAGACUCCAAACUGGACGAGGACGGUCAGAGGAUCUCGCAGCUGGAGAAGGAAAACCGUGCGAUGAGCAAGGAAGUGAGCAGCCUGCACGAUUCCUACAACCGUGUCAAAGAUCUCGAGAGGGACAACAAGGAGCUGGUGAAGCAGGCCACCAUCGACAAGAAGACACUGGCCACACUCAGAGAGGAGCUGGUGAGCGAGAAACUGAAGAGUCAGCAGACGAAUAACGACCUGGAGAAACUGACUCACGAGCUGGAGAAGAUGGGCCUGAAUAAAGAAGGACUGCUGCAUGAUGAACAGAGCUCUGCUGCAAGGUUCAAGCUGCUGGAGUCGAGGCUGGAGUCCACGCUGAAGUCGUCUCUGGAGAUUAAAGAGGAGAAGAUCGCCGCCCUGGAGGCCAGACUGCAGGAGUCGUCCAACCUGAACCAGCAGCUCCGGCAGGAACUCAAAACAGUGAAGAAGAACUACGAGGCUCUUCGUCAGAGGGAAGAGGAGGAGCGCAUGGUGCACAGCUCGCCCUCUAGAGGAGGGGAGGACUCGCAGAGCGUCAGUAAGUGGGAGAAGGAGAGUCACGAAGCCACUCGAGAGCUGCUGAAGGUUAAAGAUCGACUCAUAGAGGUGGAGAGGAACAAUGCCACUCUUCAGGCGGAGAAGCAGGCGCUGCGUACGCAGCUGAAGCAGCUGGAGACUCAGAGCAGUAACCUCCAGGCUCAGAUCCUGGCUCUACAGAGGCAGGCUGCCUCGCUGCAGGAGAACAACACCACACUGCAGACUCAGAACGCUAAACUCCAGGUGGAGAACUCGACGCUGAACUCUCAGAGCGCGGCGCUAGUAGCCCAGAACGCUCAGCUGCAGAGCCAGCAGUGUAGCGCCGAGAGCGAGCGGGACGGCGCGGUGCGGGAACGCGAGGACCUGCGGUCCACCUACGAGCUGCUGCUCAGGGACCACGAGAAGCUCGCGGCUCUGCACGAGCGCCAGGCGGCCGAGUACGAAGCUCUGAUCGGAAAACACGGGGGUCUGAAGAGCGCACACAAGAACCUGGAAGUGCAGCACCGAGACCUGGAGGACAGAUACAACCAGCUGCUGAAGCAGAAGGCACAGCUGGAGGAGCUGGAGAAGGUUUUGAAAGCCGAGCAGGAGAAGAUGUUGUCGGAGAACCAGAGGCACCAGGCCACAGCGGCCGAGUAUCACAAACUGAAAGAGGAAAACGACAAGUUGAACACUACAUACCAACAGCUGCUGAGAGAUAACGAGGGCCUGCAAGCUGACCACAAGAACCUGAAGAGCCAGCUGAAUGCCGCUAAACUGGAGCAGACGCGCCUGGAGGCCGAGUUCUCCAAGCUGAAGGAGCAGUACCAACAGCUGGAUAUCACCUCCACUAAACUCACCAACCAGUGUGAGUUGCUGAGCCAGCUGAAAGGGAAUCUGGAGGAGGAGAACCGACACCUGCUGGACCAGAUCCAGACCCUGAUGCUGCAGAACCGGACCCUGCUGGAGCAGACCAUGGAGAGCAAAGACCUCUUCCACGUGGAGCAGAGACAGUACAUAGACAAACUAAACGAGCUGAGGAGACAGAAGGAGAAGUUAGAGGAGAAGAUCAUGGAUCAGUACAAAUUCUACGACCCCUCACCCCCCAGGAGAAGGGGAAACUGGAUCACGCUGAAGAUGAAGAAGCUGAUCAAGCCCAAGAGCCGCGAGCGGAUGCGGUCCCUCACCCUCACGCCGUGCCGCUCCGAGUCCAGCGAUGGCUUCCUGGCGGCUCCUCACGACAGUCAGGACAGCUCGUCCAUGGGCUCCGGGUCACUCGAUGACCCUCUGAGUCAGAAGAGAAGCGGCAGGAGGAGAGCACAGCACAGCAAUGUGCAAGGUUCCUCCAAUGCACUGAAAAAGCUGCCCUUUAUGAGGAACAGGUCCAAGGACAAAGACAAAGUGAAGGCCAUCUACCGCCGCUCCAUGUCGAUGAAUGAUCUGCUGCAGUCCAUGGCUCUGGCCGGCGCCGGUCAGUGGAGCGGCAGUACGGAUCACCUGGAGGCCCCUGAGGACCCGGCAUGUGCAGGAGGGAGCCAGAGAAUGAAGGAGCUAGCGUACUCCACCACCGCCAUCGACUACUCCACCCUCAGCAACAAGCACAAAGAUAACAUCUCCUGUGAGGACGUCACUCCGACCUCUUCAGACGAGCAAAGUGCCGUCCGGAGCCAAGGUGCGGUGAAUGGCAGCGUGAGCAGACCACACAGUGAGAGCAGUGGAGAGUUCAGCCUCAGUCUGGAUGCAGAGGUUUGGUCAAGCGAGAGCAGUCCAGUGCAGAGAACAUCUCAACACAGCCAGAGGAGGAGGAGCAGCUCUCACGCCAACGAGUCUGGCAGCCAGGACAACCUGAGCUCCGAGUCUCCACGUCUAACCAGAGCGUCCGAUCCCGUGCAGAAGGAGCGCACCAAGGGGCGGGGAAUCCUGCGGUCUGCCAGCGGAAAGGCCGCGCCCACUGAGCCCAAAGCGGGCCGACCGAGUCUGCGUAAGGCCGAGAGCACUCGUGUGAAAGGCUCCGGUCAGCCCAGGUUAGGCCUGAGCACUCAGGCAAAAGCAACCUCUGUGUGCGAGCGCCUGGACGCCUCGGCCUCUUCCGCCGGACUUCCUCGAGCCAGCAGCGUCAUCUCCACGGCCGAGGGCAGCACGCGCCGCUCCAGCGUCCAUGACAUGCUGGCCAAGGACGCACGCGAGCCGGUCUCCGUGGAUCCGUCGCCCUCGAAGAGUCAGGCCGCAUCCAAUGUGGAAACGUCACGCCAGCGCAGGAAAUCGAAAAGCCGAUCCGGAGAACAGCAAACCUCUUAAAGCGUUAGAGUUUUACCCCCGAGCCCGGAUGGGGGCGAGUGUCCGGUGCAGGGAGUGGGGGGGAGGGGUGAACCGGAACAGAUUUUUGCUUCAGAGACAGUGGAGCUCAGAGGGUUUGAUGAUGGAUCCUGGUCUGCAUGGUUCACUGAGGGUGGUGCUGACGUUCUCCAUCACAUUCCCUGGGGUUUUUUGUUCUCCCACCUCCUCUUUCUUCCUGUUCUUCAGUGCUGCAUGCUGGGGCUGGAAGCUCCUGGUGUAAACAUCUCAUCACCUCUUGGUUUUCUUCUGUGCUUCUCUCUCUCUCUCUCUCUCUCUUCACCGCUUCCUCACAGAACUUGUUUUUAAAAAAGAGGAGAUCUCCAUCGACAUGAAGAUGCUUCUGUAUUUAAACCAAUGGUGUUUUUCCUUGAAUCAAGGAAGUGUCCGAGUUUUAGAAGAAGUGCUGCGUGUCUCUCAAUCAUCCGCCCGUGGACUUUUCUUUCUCUCACGCCUGGAAGCGACGCCGAGUCCGAGUCCGAGUCCAGGCACAAUCCAGUCACAUCGAGCAUGCACCGAAUCCUGAGUGGACGAGAGAAACUCAAAGCACAAGGACAGAAAAGAUCGAGUGUGUGUGUGUGUGUGUGUAGGACUACUGACAACAUUCAGACCUGCCAUUAACUUUCCUUUUCAACUUUUACAUAAAUGCAUUUUGAUGUGAGAAAACUCAAGAGUGUGUUACUUUAAAAACCACAUGUUCACACACACACACACCUUUAACACACUUCAAGCACUGUAAACGAACGUUCCCAUAUAGAGCCGCUUGACUGCCGGCGUUUUCCUCGCCUCUACCUUCAUUUUCCUCAGAACACACCGCUAGCUUUAGGUUUAUUUUUAAUACACGGACUCAAGAAGAUUAGAAAAGGAGACGAUUAUAUUAAAAAUAAUAUUUCGUUCGUUCUUCCUCGUUCCACAGCGCUUUCGUCUGUUUCUCUAUUCUCAUUCAUUAGUUUUCUACAGCAGCAUGUCCCCAAGUCUGUUAUUCCUCUUAUUACAACAGAGACUCUCCAAUGACUUUUUUUGAAAUUAAAGUUUUUAUAUCCGUUUAUUUCAUUUUUAUCCGUAU